AUGACACCCGAUUCACUAGAAGCACAAUCAUGCGUGGAUGAUUGGAGCAAGGCCGAACUGAUCUUUACGAUAAGUCCUCAAUGGGAAUAUCAACCGGUGGUGGAAAUAACGAUUAAGGUAAAAUGGGUGAAAUUGUUACAAGGAGGCAUGUUUCUUGUAUUUAGCGGCCCAAUUCUUGUUAUCACAUUUCUUUCUGCACCAUACCUUAUUAUUUCUAGCUUCGAAGAGAAAUUCAAAUGGAAGAAGAAAGGAAGGGAAAUUCCACGUUACAAGUUAUGGACAUUUCCUGUGGUGGUGGGCGGGCCAUUAGGAGUGGUCUGUGGUGGUGAGGCUAUUGGGAUACUCGUCUUUAUCGUUUAUAUCAUUUGGGCUGUUUAUGCUCAUACAGUGCGUAAUCUCAAGGUGGCAGAAGACUCUCAAUUUACACAACAACAGCAGAAAAUUUCAUUGGUGCUAGAAUUGACGGGAUUAAGCUUUGGUUCAAUUGGAAUAUUUUGCUUGGCAUUUUUGUUCAUUCCAGUUGCAAGAGGAUCAUUUCUUCUCCAACUCAUCAAUAUUCCUUUCGAGCAUGCUGUAAGGUAUCACGUAUGGCUUGGACAUCUCACAAUGGUGAUGUUCACCUUUCAUGGCCUUUUUUAUGUGAUUGCAUGGGCAAGAGAGGACUGUCUCCUCACCAAGAUAUUAGAGUGGGAAAAUAAUGAUAUUGCCAAUCUUGCUGGAGUUAUAAGCCUUAUGGUUGGCUUCCUGAUGUGGAUAACAGCACUAUAUCCAGUGAGGAAUAAGAGCUUUGAGCUCUUCUUUUAUAUUCAUCAACUCUAUCCCAUCUUUCUUAUCUUCAUGGCUCUACAUACAAGUGAUAAUUUUUUUGGUAUAGCUGCCGGAGGAAUAUUUCUUUUCAUGCUCGAUCGUUUUCUCAGAUUUUGGCAAUCAAGAAAGACAGUCGACAUAAUUUCAGCAACAUAUCUUCCUUGUGGAACCAUAAAAUUCAUCAUUUCAAAGUCUAAAAAUCUUCACUACAAUACCCUUAGUUUCGUUUUCCUCAAAGUGAAUGAAAUAUCUUGGCUACAAUGGCAUCCUUUCAGUGUUUCAUCAAGUCCGAGAAAUGGAGAAUCUCAUUUUUCACUUCUCAUAAAGGUUUGUGGAGGAUGGACAAUGAAAAUUACAGCUUCCAUUGAAGGACCUUAUGGCCAUGCAAUAUCAUAUCACUUGAUGUACGAAAAUCUUGUUUUGGUAGCUGGUGGUAUUGGGAUUUCACCAUUCUUGGCUAUAUUAAGUGACAUUCUCCACCAUAUUAAGCAAAAGAAAGCUUGUGUAUCAACAAAUGUUUUGAUAAUUUGGGCGACCAAAAGAUCAAAUGAAAUUGCUUUACUAUCUACAAUCGACCUCGGCUCAUUAUCUCCAACAUCACUAUGCAAUGAGCUAAAUCUUGAGAUUAUUAUUCACGUCACCGGUGAAUCGGAACCUCCAUUGGAAGAAGGUGAAAUUGCUUCAAAAUCAAGUGCUUUUGUCUACAAAAAUGGCACCCCAAUAAUUGGAAGUAGAUGUGAUAUAUCCAGUCUUAUUGGACACAAGAAAUGGUCAGGAUUAUAUGUUAUCUUAACUACAAUUGGCUUUGUUCUGUUAGAAAGUUUGGUAAAUACAUUUUAUAUAAAACCCUUGAUCAUUCCGUUAGGAUGGUAUUCUGGGCUUAUAUUUCUAACAAGUAUGGCUAUGAGUGUUGUAAUUUUUGGGGGUAUAAUUGUUGGUUUAUGGCAUUUUCAUGCAAGAAAAUAUUCAACUGCUCAUAAGGAAGAUGAUGGCUUGUCACUAUGUUAUGAUAACAAUGUAGAACUUAAGGAUGGAUGCCAAGAAAAGCUAGCAAAUUUUAUGACCAUUCAGUAUGGAUCAAGGCCAAAUUUCAAAGAUAUUUUGGCAGUGGUGUCAAAAUGUUGGGGUUAUGUUGAUGUGGGUGUUCCUGUUUGCGGUCCUCCAAGUCUUGGGUCAAGUGUUGCUAAGGAAUGUAGGUCGUUAAAUAUGCAGAGACAAGGCCAUCAUCCAAUAUUUCAUUACCAUAGUCAUAGUUUUGAGUUCUAG